UUGACGGGCCCCUCAGGGUUCCUGACAGACGGACCAGGAAACUACAAGUACAAGACCAAGUGCACCUGGCUGAUCGAGGGAACGUGAGUGACAAACACACUCACUCAUUCACUCACACACACACACGUUACACUAUAGACUCAUAGAAACACAACAACAUGCCUCUACCCUGAAAGACAGGACCAAUAUAUCUAGCCAAGCUACAGAAUAAACCAAAAAGAUGUUUACGGUAUUCAUUAAAAGUUCUAUGAAGUGAUGGACCUAAUGGAUGUUCUAAGCGUUAUAAUAGGAUAAUAUACACUACCAGUCAAAAGUUUGGACACUUACUCAUUCCAGAGGUUUUCUUAAUUUUUUUUACUAUUUUCUACAUUGUAGAAUAAUAGUGAAGACUUCAAAGCUAUUAAAUAACACAUAUGGAAUCAGGUAGUAACCAAAUAAGUGUUCCAACAAUUCAAAAUAUAUUUGAGAUUCUUCAAAGUAGCCACCCUUUGCCUUGAUGACGGCUUUGCAUACUCUUGGCAUUCUCUCACCCAGCUUCAAGAGGUAGUCAUGGGCAGUGCAGGGUUGGGUGGUAUACCGAAUUUCACGAUAUACAGGUAUUGAUGCACGGACUGGUUUUUACUUUACUUUCUAUAACGGUAUUUACAGUUUUGGUUUGUUAAAUGUGAUACCCCGUGUGUAACGCACAUUUUUAUAGUUUACUCCGCUACUUGAGUCAUCUCUCUCUCUCUCUCUCUCUCUCCAUGCCGCUUUCCACACAGACCUAGCCCCGCCCCCUGUCACUCAAGGAGCACAUUUGUAGUUCACUUUGCGUCUUAGUAUGAAUCUACUAUAGUGUCUUUGUACUCCCUGACGAAGGACAUGCAGCCGGAACGCGUCAAGAGUUUAAAAUAUUUGUUUCCAUUGAACAUGCAAAUAGUCUGUUUUAAUUAUAUGAAGAGUGCCCUUUCUUUUUGAUGACCAAUUUACUCCUUUUACCAAAGAGCACAUUCUGUCUAUUCUGUACCUUAGCAGCACUUCCAUUUUUUCUACAAAUAAAUCUAUCGAUACUGUUUUCACUUUGCUUCUUAAUAUAAAUCAAAUUAUCCAAUCCACAAUAUUUAUUACAAAUGGAUUUAUAAAGCCCUUUUUACAUCAGCAGAUGUCACAAAGUGCUAUACAGAAACCCAGCCUAAAACCCCAAACAGCAAGCAAUGAUGUAGAAGCAUGGUGGCUAGGAAAAACUCCCUAGAAAGGCAGGAACCUAGGAAGAAACCUAGAGAGGAACCAGGCUCUGAGGGGUGGCCAGUCCCCUUCUUGCUGUACCGGGUGGAGAUUAUAACAGUACAUGGCCAUUAAGGCCAGAUCAAAAGUUCAUAGAUGACCAGCAGGGUCAAAUAAUAAUCACAGUGGUUGUAGAGGUUGCAACAGGUCAGUACAUCAGGAGUAAAUGUAAUUUGGCUUUUCAUAGCCGGGCAUUUAGAGGUUGAAAUAGCAGGUGCGGUAGAGAGAGAGAGAGAGUUGAAAACAGCAGGUCUGGGACAAGGUAGCAGGUAGUCUGGUGAACAGGUCAGGGUUCCAUAGCCGCAGGCAGAAGAGUGGAAACUGGAGCAGCAGCACGACCAGGUGGACUGGGGACAGCCAGGAGUCAUCAGGCCAGGUAGUCCUGAGGCAUGGUCCUAGGGCUCAGGUCCUCCGGGAGGGGAGGGAGAGAGGGAGAGAGGGAGAGGACUGGGGACAGCCAGGAGUCAUCAGGCCAGGUAGUCCUGAGGCAUGGUCCUAGGGCUCAGGUCCUCCGGGAUGAGAGGGAGAGAGGGAGAGGACUGGGGACAGCCAGGAGUCAUCAGGCCAGGUAGUCCUGAGGCAUGGUCCUAGGGCUCAGGUCCUCUGGGAGGAGAGGGGGAGAGACAGCCAGGAGUCAUCAGGCCAGGUAGUCCUGAGGCAUGGUCCUAGGGCUCAGGUCCUCCAGGAGGGGAGGGAGAGAGGGAGAGGACUGGGGACAGCCAGGAGUCAUCAGGCCAGGUAGUCCUGAGGCAUGGUCCUAGGGCUCAGGUCCUCUGGGAGAGGGAGAGAGGGAGAGGACUGGGGACAGCCAGGAGUCAUCAGGCCAGGUGGUCCUGAGGCAUGGUCCUAGGGCUCAGGUCCUCUGGGAGGAGAGGGGGAGAGACAGCCAGGAGUCAUCAGGCCAGGUAGUCCUGAGGCAUGGUCCUAGGGCUCAGGUCCUCCAGGAGGGGAGGGAGAGAGGGAGAGGACUGGGGACAGCCAGGAGUCAUCAGGCCAGGUAGUCCUGAGGCAUGGUCCUAGGGCUCAGGUCCUCUGGGAGAGGGAGAGAGGGAGAGGACUGGGGACAGCCAGGAGUCAUCAGGCCAGGUGGUCCUGAGGCAUGGUCCUAGGGCUCAGGUCCUCUGGGAGGAGAGGGGGAGAGACAGCCAGGAGUCAUCAGGCCAGGUAGUCCUGAGGCAGGGUCCUCCAGGAGGGGAGGGAGAGAGGGAGAGAGGGAGGGGAGGGAGAGCGUGUUGCUUGUAUAAAUCAAGAGGAAUAGAAGAACCAUGAAUAUGUUAGCUACAUGAAGUAGCUAGAUUUAAGGAUCUCCUAGGAAACACUUAUCAACACUUUGGUUCCUACUCUGUCACAAUAACUUCUCCCUGGCAUUUUCAUUCGUUGUCAUGUCAAACAACGCUGUAUUCAAAGUGUCCACUAUUAUAUUCUUACUAUAGAAUUAGAAUAAUCAUUCUAUUUCCAUGAUGUCAUCAGUUCACCCAAGUGUUUUGCUCAAAAUCGCAAGUCAAAUCGCAAUUACAACAUUUGGUAAAAAAUAAGGCCUAGAUCGUUUGCCCAUAUCGUGCAGCCCUAUGUGUGUACAUGAUCUCCAAUGAGUGCAAACAUUUAUGAAAAUUCAGAUGUUUAUGGGGGGGGUUAAUUGAACAGUAUAAAACAAUCAGAAUGGAGAAAGACCCUUGACUUUUUCCACAUUAUGUUACGUUAGUCUUAAUCUAAAAUUGAUUAAAUUGUUUAGUUUUUCUCAUCAGUCUACACACAAUACCCCGUAAUGACAAAGCAAAAAUAGGUUUUUAGAAAUGUUUGCUAAUUUUAUAAAAAUACAAAAAACUGAAAUAUCACAUUUACAUAAGGACUGAGAUCCUUUUCUCAGUGCUUUGUUGAAGCACCUUUGGCAGCGAUUACAGCCUCGGGUCUUCUUGGGAAUGACGCUACAAGCUUGGCACACCUGUAUUUGGGGAGUUUCUCCCAUUUCUUCUCUGCAGAUCCUCUCUGCAGAUCCUAUUCAGACCACUUCCCUUUUUCCACAUUUUGUUACGUUACAGCCUUAUUCUAAAAUGUAUUAAAUAAAACAUUUCCCUCAUCAAUACCCCAUAAUGACGAAGCAAAAACAGGUUUUUAUACAUUUUUGUAAAUGUAUAUAUGUUACGUUCUCCCCUCGGGUGUAGUUCGUCUGAGGAGACGUAAAUGCCUGGGCCUGCGCACACAGGGUAAACUAGAUGAAUGGGGAAGAAAUGUGGGGUGUAAUGAACUGAAAUAACCAGACAACAACCAGAUCUCAAGCUUAGCCCUCGGGGGACGUUUAGUAAUGUACUUAAACAAAAUAAACAACACCCAUAAAGAAACAACAAACCAAUCAAAUAAACCAGGGAAGGUAAGAGAAGGGAAUAUUUGGGAACGGGGUCCAAUUAAUGAAAAUAAACAAAAGGUCCCUCCUCUUCUACACACCUAAACCUUCCUAUCACACUCUAAACCCUAUCCCACUUUCCUACCUGUUACCAUAAAUACAGGGGUGACACCCGCCCGGCUAACCUAGUGUGUAAAACAAUGGGUUAUCUACGUGUGAAUGUACACCCAUGGGCAGAACUACCUUUCCCUUCUCCAGGACCCAGGUAGGGUGGAGUACAUCAGGAGAACAGGCUGGAACACAAACAAAGAUGAUAAAUUAACAGCCAAAUAACAAGUGUCCUCUCCCCUCUUCUUCGAGCUCACAUGGCAAACCGGUAUACUCUCGUCAAUCAGCUACAGCUGCCAGGACUCUGGACCGAAGCCACGCCCACCAUCGUCAGCUGCAACUCAGCACACCUGUAAUGCCCAGAACACACAAACACACUACACAGGGAAAUGGGGAGAAAGAAAAACACGUCACACGUAACAAUAUAUAUAUAAAAAAAAAGAUACCUUAUUUAUUAAAAAAAAAAAAAAACUGUAAAACCUUAUUUACAUAAGUAUUCAGACACUUUGCUAUGAGACUUGAAAUUGAGCUCAGGUGCAUCCUGUUUCCAUUGAUCAUCCUUGAUGUUUCUACAACUUGAUUGGAGUCCACCUGUGGUAAAUUCAAUUGAUUGGACAUGAUUUGGAAAGGCACACACCUGUCUAUAUAAGGUCCCACAGUUGACAGUGCAUGUCAUAGCAAAAACCAAGCCAUGAGGUCGACGGAAUUGUCCGUAGAGCUCAGAGACAGGAUUGUGUCGAGGCACAGAUCUGGGGAAGGGUACCAAAAAAUGUCUGCAGCAUUGAAGGUCCCCAAGAACACAGUGGCCUUCCAUCAUUCUUAAAUGGAAGAAGUUUGGAACCACCAAGACUCUUCCUAGAGCUGGCCGCCCAGCCAAACUGAGCAAUCAGGGGAGAAGGGCCUUGGUCAGGGAGGUGACCAAGAACCCGAUGGUCACUCUGACAGAGCUCCAGAGUUCCUCUGUGGAGAUGGGAAAACCUUCCAGAAGGACAACCAUCUCUGCAGCACCUCCAUCAAUCAGGCCUUUAUAGUAGAGUGGCCAGACGGAAGUCACUCCUCAGUAAAAGGCACAUGACAGCCCGCUUGGAGUUUGCCAAAAGGCACCUAAAGGACUCUGACCAUGAGAAACAAGAUUCUCUGGUCUGAAACCAAGAUUGAACUCUUUGGCCUGAAUGCCAAGCGUCACGUCUGGAGGAAACCUGGCACCAUCCCUAUGGUGAAGCAUGGUGGUGGCAGCAUCAUAUUGUGGGAAUGUUUUUCAGCAGCAGGGACUGGGAGACUAGUCAGGAUCAAGGCAAAGAUGAACGGCGCAAAGUACAGAGAGAUCCUUGAUGAAAACCUGCUUCUGAGCGCUCAAACUCAGACUGGGGCGAAGUUUCACCUUCCAACAGGAUAACGACCCUAAGCACACAGCCAAGACAACACAGGAGUGGCUUCGGGACAAGUCUCUGAAUGUACCUUGAGUGGCCCAUCCAGAUCCUGGACUUGAACCCAAUCGAACAUCUCUGGAGUGACCUAAAAAUAGCUGUGCAGCGACGCUCCCCAUCCAACCUGACAGAGCUUGAGAGGAUCUGCAGAGAAUAAUGGGAGAAACUCCCAUAAUACAGGUGUGCCAAGUUUCUAGCGUCAUACCCAAGAAGACUUGAGAAUGUAAUCGCUGCCAAAGGCGCUUCAACAAAGUACUGAGUUUAAAGGGUCUGAAUACUUAUGUAAAUGUAAUUAUUACAUUUUUAAUUGUUAAUAAAUGUGCAAACAUUUCUAAAAACCAGUUUUUUGCUUUGUCAUUAUGUGGUAUUGUGUGUGUGUGUGGAUUGAUGAAAAAAACAAUUUAAUCCAUUUUAAGAUAAGGCUGUAAUGUAACAAAAAGUGAAAAAAGUCAAGGGGUCUGAAUACUUUCCGAAUGCACUGUAUUUUGGCCGUAUCGCCCAGCCGUACCCCCAUCAAAGUUGCCCAUCCCUGGUGUACGUACACUUAUCAGCAUACAUUUAUCAGGACUUGGAUUCAACCCACUAUUUCAUGUUCUGAAUGCAUCCAAAUCCCAAGCAUGUUGAGAAAAACGAAGUGAUACAUUUAUAAUUUAAUAAUCCAUGUAGACGUCUGCUUGUUCUGCUGUAGAACUGUUCUAGAAGACACUGUCUGGGUCCCAAAUGGUGCCCUGUUCCCUAUAUAGUGCACUACUUUAGACCAGAGAAUGGCACCCUAUUCCCUAUAUAGUGCACUACUUUAGACCAGAGAAUGGCACCCUAUUCCCUAUAUAGUGCACUACUUUAGACCAGAGAAUGGCACCCUAUUCCCUAUAUAGUGCACUACUUUAGACCAGAGAAUGGCACCCUAUUCCCUAUAUAGUGCACUACUUUAGACCAGAGAAUGGCACCCUAUUCCCUAUAUAGUGCACUACUUUAGACCAGAGAAUGGCACCCUAUUCCCUAUAUAGUGCACUACUUUAGACCAGAGAAUGGCACCCUAUUCCCUAUAUAGUGCACUACUUUAGACCAGAGAAUGGCACCCUAUUCCCUAUAUAGUGCACUACUUUAGACCAGAGAAUGGUGCCCUAUUCCCUAUAUAGUGCACUACUUUAGACCAGAGAAUAGCGCCCUAUUCCCUAUAUAGUGCACUACUUUAGACCAGAGAAUGGCACCCUAUUCCCUAUAUAGUGCACUACUUUAGACCAGAGAAUGGCACCCUAUUCCCUAUAUAGUGCACUACUUUAGACCAGAGAAUGGCACCCUAUUCCCUAUAUAGUGAACUACUUUAGACCAGAGAAUGGCACCCUAUUCCCUAUAUAGUGCACUACUUUAGACCAGAGAAUGGCACCCUAUUCCCUAUAUAGUGCACUACUUUAGACCAGAGAAUGGCACCCUAUUCCCUAUAUAGUGCACUACUUUAGACCAGAGAAUGGCACCCUAUUCCCUAUAUAGUGCACUACUUUAGACCAGAGAAUGGCACCCUAUUCCCUAUAUAGUGCACUACUUUAGACCAGAGAAUGGCACCCUAUUCCCUAUAUAGUGCACUACUUUAGACCAGAGAAUGGGACCCUAUUCCCUAUAUAGUGCACUACUUUAGACCAAGAAUGGAACCCUAUUCCCUAUAUAGUGCCAGUGCACUACUUAUACCAGGAAUGGGACUAUUCCAUAUAGUGUCACUACUUUAGACCGAAAGGCACCCUAUUCCUCAAUAGUGACUACUUUAACCAGAGAUGGCCCUUCACCAUUAUGCACCUACUUUCAGACCACAGGAACCCUAUACCCUACAUAGUGCACCUUCAGACCAAGUGACCCUAUUCCUACAAGUCACUCUUUAGACGCAAGGGGAUUGGGCCCUAUUCUAAUAGUGCACACUUAGACCAGGACAUGAACCCUAUUCCCUAUAUAGUCUACUUGUAGACCAAAAUGCACCCUAUUGCCCUAUCUAGGCACUACUAGACAGAAUGGACCCUAUUCCCUAUUUGCACUCUUAGACCAGAAUGCACCUAUGUCCCAUAUAGUGCCACUUUAGACCAAGAAUGGGACCCUGUUCCUAUACAGUGCACUAACUUGACAGAGAAUGGAACCCUAUUCCGUAAUCAGUGCACACUAGACCAGAGAAGAAUGGACACCCUAUCCCUAUAGUGCACACUUUGACGAAAUGGCACCCUAUCCCUUAUAGUGCACUACUUUAGACAGAGAAUGGCACCCUUUCUAUAGUGCAUACUUUAGACCAGAGAAUUGGACCCUAUUCCCUAUAUAGUGCACUACUUUACCAGAGAAUGGAAACCCGUAUCCUCAGUGACUACUUUGACCAGGCAAUGGCACCCUAUUCCCUAUAGUACACUACUUUAGACCAGAGAUGGGACCCUUUCGUAUAUCGCACUCUUUAGACCAGAGAGGACCCAUCCCAUAUGGACUACUAGACAAGAAUGGAACCCUAUCUAUGUCACUAACUGUUAGACCAGGGAAUUAGGCUCUGGUCUAAGAGUGCAAAUGUAAAGGGAAAGGGUUCCAUAUAGGAAUAUCUUUUAAAACACCUCUGACCUCCAACCCCAGUGACUUCCAACCCCAGUGACCUCCAACCCCAGUGACCUCCAACCCCAGUGACCUCCAACACCGGGCAUCUGGUGAGCAGACAAAAAGGCGUGAUUGUGGUUUUAAUAGGCAACAUAAGAUAUCCGUGACCAUAUACAGAUAAUAAAGUUUAAAAUAUUUAUCUUGUGAGAACAAAUGUCUCUUUGACCCUUCUGCCUCUGAAUGAUGUUAUUUGCCCAGACAGUUCAACCAUGUCCAUAGGUUUAGCCAGUGUUGUGUUCGAGACCACCUAACGCGAGACCGAUCCAAGACCGGAUCAAAUCGAGGCAGAGUCAAGACCGAGACCAGAAAAAUGCGAGUCAAUUCAAGACCACGUUUUCAUACAUUUGUAGAAUGUUUGGGAAUUACUUAUACUAAGGCAUUUGUGACAAUUCUAUAGCAAUAUAGAGUGGGAAAGCGGACACUGCAGUGGCGCAGUGGUCUAAGGCACUGCAUCGCAGUGCUAACUGUGCCACUAGAGAUUGGGUUGUGGGUUCGAUUCCCACGGGGGGCCAGUAUAAAAAAAAUAUGUAUUCACUAACUGUAAGUCGCUCUGGAUAAGAGCGUCUGCUAAAUGACUAAAAAUGUAAAAAAAUGUAAAAAUGUAAAUAAAAUCUAAUAAAAACAUCUGUCUUGUCCAGGACCAGAGACUGGUGCACUAUAGCCAAUCAGAGCUAUAGUAGGCCUUAAUACAAACAAGCCAUUUGCCACACAGGCCUGCCAUCAUUCACUUUGAACUGGACUGUGUGUUUACAGGCAGUAGCAACAGAGCGACUUUAGAUCAUUAAAACGCUUUCGCCAAAAGCCACAAAAUACACCUGAAUGGAUUUCUGCAAAUAUGGAAAUACCACGGGAGUCCUCUUACAUUUGGGAACUUCACAGUCCUAUUGAUCAAACAACCAUGAAAAGGUAGGCUCUCUCUCCCUCAGUGAUGCACAUCAACAACAACAAGAUAUACAACUAAUGCUAGCCAGAGCAAGAGGAGCUAAAAUCUAAUGAAGGAACAUUAGAUAAACCCUCUCAAACUUUUUCAGCUAGUUGGCCGUCAAAAUUGCACUGAUAAACGAUGGGGAAUUGUAGCCUGCUCGUCCUUCUGCAGCUUGCAUGCCAAUGCAUGCUUGUCCCAACCAAGCACCCAAGCUAACUGGCUGAAGUUGACUAGCUUGCUAGCUAGCUACUUCCAGACACAAAUGAGAGAACACCUCACUCUGACCAUUUUACUCACCCUAGCAGAGCUGGUUAGGCUGUUUUCAUGUUAUUUAGAGCGUUCUUGACUAACUAUUACCUUUUUUUGCCUACGUUUACUGACACCGGCCAUAUUCAGUGGGUGUUGUAUGUUCGUAAAUUCAUCAGUUGUUCUGCGCUCUGGCACACUCAGACGAGAGUGCUCUGAAAUCGGAGUAAUAGCCAGAGUGAAUUUGUGAACCCAAGAGAUAUGCUAACUAACUGGAUAACAGUUGUUCAAGUUCUUGCUAGCUAACCAAAUGACACCUGCAUCUCUAGCGGUGUAUAGCCACCGUAAAACGAUAUGAGGGAAAAGUCAGUCACUCACCCACUCCUCCAAUGGCAUGACAUGACAUCCUCCUAGCAGAUAGCUAGCUAGCUAUCUAGCUAACGUUAGGCUCCGUAUUUUUAGCUUGCUACAUAAAUAGACAGGCUAGCCUGUUAGCCACGUUAUGACUGACCUGUGAUCAUUGCCCUUGCUAGUUUGAUUGUAUUGACAUUCCCAGCCUUAGUUACAUUCUUCAGUUUUUGUCCAGAAUAUUGAGUCAUUGAAACUGAAACAGUGCAUCCUGAAUGAAGGCAGGAAACAAUGUACCAGGCCAGCUGUGAUUUACAACCUGAUAGCAAUAUUUUUGGGACUACCAAGAAAUGUAUUGGUGAAUUAUAUUAAUCAUGUAUUGAACUGCAUCCAUCUAUUCUGCCAACAAUGCCUUAGUGUACGUCAUGGAACGUUGAGUCAAAUAGAACCUAUUUUUAAAACAUCUUAUAAAGUUGGUUUUGUAGCAUAAACUGGGAAUUUUAUAUUUUUCACUGAUAUUAUGAUUGUCUGUUUGUUUCAUAUCUGCAAAGUAGUUAAAACGCUGUCAGUUCCACUUUAAACUUUAGGUCACUGGUUUCUUUGUGUGCUAAACGUUAAAUGUUUGUUGCAAUGGGAAGUAAUAGUUGUACAUUUCGAUUGGGAAAUGCUUAAUGGUUGUGUUUUUGUAUUCUUAUGAUUGGGACCUACUGGCUUAUUAUGUCAGAGUUGAUGGACUGCUUAUCCUUUAACAUCAUGCUGUGUGACUGCUUAUCCUUUAACAUCAUACUGUGUGACUGCUUAUCCUUUAACAUCAUGCUGUGUGACUGCUUAUCCUUUAACAUCAUGCUGUGUGACUGCUUAUCCUUUAACAUCAUGCUGUGUGACUGCUUAUCCUUUAACAUCAUGCUGUGUGACUGCUUAUCCUUUAAUAUCAUGCUGUGUGACUGCUUAUCCUUUAACAUCAUGCUGUGUGACUGCUUAUCCUUUAACAUCAUGCUGUGUGACUGCUUAUCCUUUAACAUCAUGCUGUGUGACUGCUUAUCCUUUAACAUCAUGCUGUGUGACUGCUUAUCCUUUAACAUCCUGCUGUGUGACUGCUUAUCCUUUAACAUCAUGCUGUGUGACUGCUUAUCCUUUAACAUCAUGCUGUGUGACUGCUUUUCCUUUAACAUCAUGCUGUGUGACUUGCUUAUCCUUAACAUCAUGCUGUGUGACUGCUUAUCCUUUACCAUCAUGCUGUGUGACUGCUUAUCCUUUAACAAUCAUUCUGUGGUUGACCUGCUUAAAAAUCCUUAAGCACAUGCUUGUGGACCUGUGUUAUCCUUUAACGUCAUGCUGUGUGUGACUGCUUAUCCGUUAACAUCAUGCUGUGUGCCUGACUGGCUAUCCUUUAACAUCAUGCUGUGUGGGAACCUGCUUAUUCCUUAAAAACAGCAUGCUGGUGUGACUGCUUAUUCCUUUAAACAUCAGCUGUGGUGACCGCUUAUCCUUUAACCUCAUGCUGUGUAACCUUCCUUUAACAUCAAUGCUGUGUGACUGCUUAUCCUUUAACAUCAUGCUGUGUGACUGCUCAAAGGCCUUUAACAUCAUGCUGUGUGACUGCUCAUCCUUUAACAUCAUGCUGUGUGACUGCUUAUCCUUUAACAUCAUGCUGUGUGACUGCUUAUCCUUUAACAUCAUGCUGUGUGGCUGCUGUCUUUCCAUCAGCCCUAUCCAGUGGUGUAGUCUUUCCAUCAGCCCUAUCCAGUGGUGUAGUCUUUCCAUCAGCCCUAUCCAGUGGUGUAGUCUUUCCAUCAGCCUGGCAAAGCGGUUUUAUGCGCUGACCGAAUAUUUGGCCUGGCAAAGCGGUUUUAUGCGCUGACUGAAUAUUUGGCCUGGCAAAGCGGUUUUAUGCGCUGACUGAAUAUUUGGCCUGGCAAAGCGGUUUUAUGCGCUGACUGAAUAUUUGGCCUGGCAAAGCGGUUUUAUGCGCUGACCGAAUAUUUGGCCUGGCAAAGCGGUUUUAUGCGCUGACUGAAUAUUUGGCCUGGCAAAGCGGUUUUAUGCGCUGACUGAAUAUUUGGCCUGGCAAAGCGGUUUUAUGCGCUGACUGAAUAUUUGGCCUGGCAAAGCGGUUUUAUGCGCUGACUGAAUAUUUGGCCUGGCAAAGCGGUUUUAUGCGCUGACUGAAUGGAAGCUGAUAAUGAUGAGAUUUUUACUCCGCUGGUCUGACACCGAGACAAGACCGAGACACUCAAUAUGUCGUCUCGAGACCGGACUUGUAUACUACAACACUAGGUUUAUCUAGCCAGACACUGUUCAACCAUGUCCAGGUUUAUCUAACCAGACACGGUUCAACCAUGUCCAGGUUUAUCUAGCCAGACACGGUUCAACCAUGUCCAGGUUUAUCUAACCAGACACGGUUCAACCAUGUCCAGGUUUAUCUAACCAGACACGGUUCAACCAUGUCCAGGUUUAUUUAGCCAGACACUGUUCAACCAUGUCCAUAGGUUUAUCUAACCAGACACGGUUCAACCAUGUCCAGGUUUAUCUAACCAGACACGGUUCAACCAUUUCCAGGUUUAUCUAACCAGACACGGUUCAACCAUGUCCAGGUUUAUUUAGCCAGACACUGUUCAACCAUGUCCAUAGGUUUAUCUAACCAGACACUGUUCAACCAUGUCCAUAGGUUUAUCUAACCAGACACGGUUCAACCAUGUCCAUAGGUUUAUCUAACCAGACACGGUUCAACCAUGUCCAGGUUUAUCUAACCAGACACUGUUCAACCAUGUCCAGGUUUAUCUAACCAGACACGGUUCAACCAUGUCCAUAGGUUUAUCUAACCAGACACUGUUCAACCAUGUCCAGGUUUAUUUAGCCAGACACUGUUCAACCAUGUCCAGGUUUAUCUAACCAGACACUGUUCAACCAUGUCCAGGUUUAUUUAGCCAGACACUGUUCAACCAUGUCCAUAGGUUUAUCUAACCAGACACUGUUCAACCAUGUCCAGGUUUAUCUAACCAGACACGGUUCAACCAUGUCCAGGUUUAUUUAGCCAGACACUGUUCAACCAUGUCCAGGUUUAUCUAGCUGCCCCCAGACCAGAGUUUGUCCAUGUUUAGUUGAACUCUAGGCUAAUCGUUUUUUCCAACAGCAUCCUAACUGUGUUCUGUCUCGGUCCUGCAGGCCCAACAGCAUCCUAACUGUUCUGUCUCGGUCCUGCAGGCCCGACAGCAUCCUAACUGUGUUCUGUCUCGGUCCUGCAGGCCCGACAGCAUCCUAACUGUGUUCUGUCUCGGUCCUGCAGGCCCGACAGCAUCCUAACUGUGUUCUGUCUCGGUCCUGCAGGCCCGACAGCAUCCUAACUGUGUUCUGUCUCGGUCCUGCAGGCCCGACAGCAUCCUAACUGUUCUGUCUCGGUCCUGCAGGCCCGACAGCAUCCUAACUGUUCUGUCUCGGUCCUGCAGGCCCAACAGCAUCCUAACUGUGUUCUGUCUCGGUCCUGCAGGCCCAACAGCAUCCUAACUGUUCUGUCUCGGUCCUGCAGGCCCGACAGCAUCCUAACUGUGUUCUGUCUCGGUCCUGCAGGCCCGACAGCAUCCUAACUGUUCUGUCUCGGUCCUGCAGGCCCAACAGCAUCCUAACUGUUCUGUCUCGGUCCUGCAGGCCCGACAGCAUCCUAACUGUUCUGUCUCGGUCCUGCAGGCCCAACAGCAUCCUAACUGUUCUGUCUCGGUCCUGCAGGCCCGACAGCAUCCUAACUGUGUUCUGUCUCGGUCCUGCAGGCCCAACAGCAUCCUAACUGUUCUGUCUCGGUCCUGCAGGCCCGACAGCAUCCUAACUGUGUUCUGUCUCGGUCCUGCAGGCCCGACAGCAUCCUAACUGUUCUGUCUCGGUCCUGCAGGCCCAACAGCAUCCUAACUGUUCUGUCUCGGUCCUGCAGGCCCGACAGCAUCCUAACUGUGUUCUGUCUCGGUCCUGCAGGCCCGACAGCAUCCUAACUGUGUUCUGUCUCGGUCCUGCAGGCCCGACAGCAUCCUCAGACUGAGGUUGGACCACUUUGCUACGGAGUGCAGCUGGGACCACCUGUAUGUCUACGAUGGGGACUCUAUCUACACCCCUCUACUGGCUGCCUUCAGGUGGGUACAGGGAGGACGGGGGUGGUGAUGGGUACAGGGAGGACGGGGGUGGUGAUGGGUACAGGGAGGACGGGGGUGGUGAUGGGUACAGGGAGGACGGGGGUGGUGAUGGGGUACGGGAGGACGGGGGUGGUGGUGGGGUACAGGGAGGACGGGGGUGGUGAUGGGUACAGGGAGGACGGGGGUGGUGAUGAGCUGUGUAGGGGGGGUGGUGGUGGUGAGCUGUGUGGGGGGGGUGGUGAGCUGUGUAGGGGGGGUGGGGGUGGUGAGCUGUGUAGGGGGGGUGGUGGGGGGGGGGGGGGGUGGUGAGCUAAUAUGGUGUCCAUAUAAUAGACCUAUGAGAAGAGACACUAAUAUAAUAUGAUGUUGUCCCGUGUAGCUCAGUUGGUAGAGCAGGGCUCAGUUGGUAGAGCAGGGCUCAGUUGGUAGAGCAGGGCUCAGUUGGUAGAGCAGGGCCCAGUUGGUAGAGCAGGGUUCAGUUGGUAGAGCAGGGCCCAGUUGGUAGAGCAGGGUUCAGUUGGUAGAGCAGGGCCCAGUUGGUAGAGCAGGGCUCAGUUGGUAGAGCAGGGCCCAGUUGGUAGAGCAGGGCUCAGUUGGUAGAGCAGGGCUCAGUUGGUAGAGCAGGGCCCAGUUGGUAGAGCAGGGCCCAGUUGGUAGAGCAGGGCCCAGUUGGUAGAGCAGGGCCCAGUUGGUAGAGCAGGGCUCAGUUGGUAGAGCAGGGCUCAGUUGGUAGAGCAGGGCUCAGUUGGUAGAGCAGGGCUCAGUUGGUAGAGCAGGGCUCAGUUGGUAGAGCAUGGCCCAGUUGGUAGAGCAGGGCUCAGUUGGUAGAGCAGGGCUCAGUAGGUAGAGCAUGGCAUUUGCAACGCCAGGGUUGUGGGUUCGAUUCCCACGGGGGGCCAGUAUGACACAAAAAAAAGUAUGCACUCACUUAACUGUAAGUCGCUCUGGAUAAGAGCGUCUGCUAAAUGACUAAAAAUGUAAAAUAAUAGACCUAUGAGAAGAGGAGACACUAAUAUGAUGUUGUCCAUAUAAUAGACCUAUGAGAAGAGGAGACACUAAUAUGAUGUUGUCCAUAUAAUAGACCUAUGAGAAGAGGAGACACUAAUAUGAUGUUGUCCAUAUAAUAGACCUAUGAGAAGAGGAGACACUAAUAUGAUAUGAUGUUUAAGUAGCACCGACCAAACAAUGAUAAAUAGUGAAUACGUGCAGUCACUCACCUGGGAUAUUGUCGAUGCUCCACUGCAGAACACCUUUAUGUACUUCAGGAAAUUCAGACUUUAUCCCAUCAAUCACAAUGGCUGUCACUAAGAUAAUCAUGAAACCAUGAACAGGCGUCAGAGCUCAGGCCUAUCGAGGACAACUUAUUCAAUAAAAUAAUCAACAGUAUCAAAAGCUUUUGUAUUCUCACAUCUCUAACACAACCAACUGGGCAAUGAUCUUAGGCGAAGACACCAGUAGAAACAUAUUUCUCUGGUGUAUUCGUUAAAAUAAGGUCAAUCAGAGAGGACUUUAAAGGAUCUCUAGUGUUGGGCCGUGUAGGAUUAGUCACCAGCUGGGUUAGGUUUAGAUCAGUACACUUGUCUUUUAGAUUGUCUGAAGGCUGCAUUUCCCAAUCAGAAUUUAGGUCACCCAUGAUAAUAACUUCUGAUUUAAAAUAAGAAAACAACAAACUACUUAACUCCUCGAGUGCACAAAGGUUAGCCGAGGGAGGACAGUUAUGGAUCCAUUUUUCCCCAAACAGCUUAAAGAUGGUAGCAAAAAAAAUAAUUAGAAUGGAUUUCAUUAAAAAGACAGAGAAAUAAUAUUUUAUAAGAAUGGCCACUCCUCCACAUCUACCCUGUCAGUUCUGAACACAUUAUAACCCUCAAUACUAAUAUCAGAGUCCAGAAGGGAUCCAGCUCGGGGGGCUGGAGCCCCAGAUAUCCUGAUGUGAGAGGGAUCCCGGCGGUGUGAGAGGGAUCCCGGCGGUGUGAGAGGGAUCCCGGCGGUGUGAGAGGGAUCCCGGCGGUGUGAGAGGGAUCCCGGCGGGUACAGGCCUGGUAGAAACCCCCUGAGCUGGAUCCUCAUGGUAGAGGAUGAAGGAGCAGUAAUCUCUGGAAGCAGGAAGCCAAGACUGUUGGUCAGCAGUACGGGAUCCCCCAAAGCCAUUUCAGCCCCAUUCACCAAAAGGGGGUUGGGUAGGAGGGGAGGGGAGGCGUCUCUGCAGGGCAGCCCUGUCCAGGCAGUCAGAGAGCGGCGACACGAUGGCGAAGCUGAGGAGUGGAAAAGGGAAAGGUCUUAGAGUGGGACCUAUCCAAGAUAUGCUCCAAUGUCUCAAUUUGCUUACUGUGGAUGUCCAGCUCAGACAUACUGUACGUUCCUCAAUAAGCUGACCGUUUCCACAUUGGACAUUUGUCCUGUCAAUAUUGUCCUGGAACUGUGCAAAAUACAGUGCAUUCGGAAAGUAUUCAGACCCCUUUACUUUUUCCACAUUUUGUUACGUUACAGCCUUAUUGUAAAAUUGAUUAAAUUGUUUUGUAUCCUCAUCAAUACCCCAUAAUGACAAAGCGAAAACAGGUUUUUAUAAUUUUUUGCGAAUUUAUAUAAAAUAAAAUAAAUGAAAUAUUCCAUUUACAUAAGUAUUCAGACCCUUUACUCAGUACUUUGUUCAAGCACCUUUGGCAGUGAUUACAGCCUUGAGUCUUCUUGGGUAUGACGCUACAAGCUUGGCACACCUGUAUUUGGGGAGUUUCUCCCAUUCUUCUCUGCAGAUCCUCUCAAGCUCUGUCAGGUUGGAUGGGGAGCGUCGCUGCACAGCUAUUUUCAGGUCUCUCCAGAGAUGUUCGAUUGGGUUCGGGCUCUGGCUGGGCCACUCAAGGACAUUCAGAGACUUGUCCCGAAGCCACUCCUGUGUUGUCUUGGCUGUGUGCUUAGGGUCGUUGUCCUGUUGGAAGGUGAACCUUGUCCCAGUCUGAGGUCCUGAGCGCUCUGGAGCAGGUUUUCAUCAAGGAUCUCUCUGUACUUUGCUCCGUUCAUCUUUCCCUCGAUCCUGACAAGUCUCCCAGUCCCUGCCGCUGAAAAACAUCCCCACAGCAUGAUGCUGCCACCACCAUGCUUCACAGUAGGGAUGUUAUUGGCCAGGUGAUGAGUGGUGCCUGGUUUCCUCCAGAUGUGACACUUGGCAUUCAGGCCAAAGAGUUCAAUCUUGGUUUCAUCAGACCAGAGAAUCUUGUUUCUCAUUGUCUGAGAGUCCUUUAGGUGCCUUUUGGCAAACUCCAAGCGGGCUGUCAUGUGCCUUUUACUGAGGAGUGGUGUCCGUCUGGUCACUCUACCAUAAAGGCCUGAUUUGGUGGAGUGCUGCAGAGAUGGUUGUCCUUCUGGAAGGUUCUCCCAUCUCCACAGAGGAACUCUGGAGCUCUGUCAAAGUGACCAUCGGGAUCUUGGUCACCUCCCUGACCAAGGCCCUUCUCCCCCGAUUACUCAGUUUGGCCGAGCGGCCAGCUCUAGGAAGUCUUGGUGGUUCCAAACUUCUUCCAUUUAAGAAUGAUGGAGGCCACUGUGUUCUUGGAGACCUUCAAUGCUGCCGCCAUUUUUUGGUACCCUUCCCUAGAUCUGUGCCUCAACACAAUCCUGUCUCGGAGCUCUACGGACAAUUCCUUCGACCUCAUGGCUUGGUUUUUGCUCUGACAUGCACUGUCAACUGUGGAACCUUAUGUAGACAGGUGUGUGCCUUUCCAAAUCAUGUCCAAUCAAUUGAAUUUACCACAGAUGGACUCCAAUCAAGUUGUAGAAACAUCCUCAAGGAUGUUCAAUGGAAACAGGAUGCACCUGAGCUCAAAUUUGAGUCUCAUAGCAAAGGGUCUGAAUACUUAUGUAAAUAAGGUUUUACAGUUGUUUUUUUCAAAAAUACAUUUGCAAUAAUAAUAAAAUAAAAAAUAAAAUAAUGUCUUUGUUUGAAUAGUUUCUGAAUGCACUGUAGGUGCAGUUCCUACCCGUAGUCUCUGAAGGUGGCAGCCGCCAAUCUGGAAAAAGUUGGUUUCCCCGUAUGGCGGUAAGUGGUAGAUGCCAUUUUGGGAAAAGUCAUUUAAAAGCCACACAAAUAAAAUAGGUAGGAAUCAGCUAAAAGGCAAUCAAUCCACACAGUGUGAUAGUUAGUUAGGUUGAAUCACACAGUUUGUAGAAUUCCCACAGGUCUAUGCAGCAAGCCAGAACCCAACCACAGACUAGAAUCCAGCCAGCACUAGGACCCACAAUAAAACACAACCAAGGCACAAAACAUGGCCACCAUGACAACAGCAAGGAGAGAGCGGUGACUUACUCAAAGCGAUUAAAUGGUGGGUCCCAUGUAGUUUCCCAGUACAGGCCGGUGGAAAGCAAGGAGGGAGGCAAGCGCAGCACCGGGCUGCGGGAGAGUCAAAAGGUCAUCCAAGUAGGCUGAACCAAGUGGACUUAUUCAAGACACAAUGUGAAGUGGAAGGAUGAAAUCAGCAGAUGUCUGAUCAGAUAACGCCCCAGAGCAGAGGAGGGUGCCCAGAUGUCUGAUCAGAUAACGCCCCAGAGCAGAGGAGGGUGCCCAGAUGUCUGAUCAGAUAACGCCCCAGAGCAGAGUAGGGUGCCCAGGUAUAUCACAGGAGGCAGGUGUCUGAUCUGAUAACGCCCCAGAGCAGAGGAGGGUCUCCUUAAACUCUGUAUUCAAUAUUGCACUGACGUGUGAGAGAUGUGCAGGGGAGGGAGAGUACUCAGUAAUGACCUGUUAUUCUGGGGUAAGCCAGGAGAUGAUACCUAAGAAUUGACUAUCAGAGGCCUGCAGGGGUCGUGAUCAUAGAUAUCCGCUCCUCAGUGCGGUCUUCAAAGUACGUUACAUAUACUGUAAUGUUUUGUCAACUUUUUCAACUUGUUUUUAAUUGAACAUUUAUUAACCUGCAUGAUGUUGCUACAGGAGAUGACAUAUUUACCUGGGUAAUGAUGAAUUAUGCAGGGUGUUGAUGGGUGUUGUCCGUCCUUGUUGCAGUGGGUUGAUAGUUCCUGAGCGCUAUGGCAACGAGACGGUCCGCGGUGGUGUCACAGUCCGGUACGCCCUCCUCCACUUCUUCAGCGACGCUGCUUAUAACCUGACCGGCUUCACAUCUCAUAUAGGUAACCCUAACCCUGACCUUAUAACCUGACUGGCUUCAACAUCUCAUAUAGGUAACCCUUAACCCUGACCUCUAUCCCCUGACCUUAUAACCUGACGGCUCAACAUCUCAUAUAGGUACCCUAACCCGGACCUAUAACCUGACUAUAACUGACUGGCUUCAACAUUCAUUAGUCCCUACCCUGACUUAUAACCUGACGCUUCAACAUCUCAUAGGGUGACCCUACCCUGACCUUCUAACCUGCCGUUCAACUCUCAUAUAGGUACCCUAGACGAACCCCUGACCUUAUAACCGACGGCUUCAACAUCUCAUCAGGUAACCCUUAACCCUGACCUUAUAACGACCGCUCAACAUCUCAUAUAGGUAACCCUUAACCCCUGACCUUAUAGCACUGACGGGAAUUCAACACUCAUAUAGAGUAACCUUAACCCCUGACCUAUAACCUGACCGGCUUAACAUCUAUAUAGGUAACCUUAACCCCUGACCUCUAUCCCUGACCUUAUAACCUGACUGGCUUCACUCUAUAUAUGUAACCUUAACCCCGACUAUCCCUGACCUUAUAACUGACGGCUUCACAUCUAUAUAGUAACCCUUACCUGACUCUAUCCCCUGACCUUAUAACCUAACGGCUUCAACAUUCAUAUAGGUAACCCUUAACCCCUGACUCUAUCCCCUGACCUAUUAACCUGAUGGCUUCAACAUCUGCAUAUAGGUACCCUUAACCUGCCUUUAACCUGACCGGCUCAACAUCUCAGUAUGGGUAACCUUAACCCUGACCUUAUAACCUGACCGGCUUCAACAUCUCAUAUAGGUAAACCCCUGACCUCUAUCCCCAUGACCGUUAUAAACCUGCUGGCUUUCAACAUCUCAAUAUAGGUAACCCUUAACCCCUGAACCUAUCAACCUGACCGGCUUCAACAUCUCCUAUAGGUUAAACCCUUAAACCCCUUGACCUCUAUCCCCUGACCUUAUAACCUGACUGGCUUCAACAUCUCAUAUAGGUAACCCUUAAACCCCUGACCUUAUAACCUGACCUUAUAACCUGACCGGCUCAACAUCUCCUAUAGGUAACCCUUAACCCUUACCUCUAUCCCCUGACCUUAUACCUGACCGGCUUCAACAUCUCAUAUAGGUAACCCUUUACCCUGACCUUAUAACCUGACCGCUUCAACAUCUCAUAUAGGUAACCCUUAACCCCUGACCUCUAUCCCCUGACCUUAUAACCUGACUGGCUUCAACAUCUCAUACAGGUAACCCUUAACCCCUGGACCUCUAUCCCCUAACUUAUAACCUGACUGGCUUUCAACAUCUCAUACAGGUUACCCUUAACCCCUGACCCUAUAACCUGUGUUCAACAUCUCAUACAGGUACCCUUCCCUACCUCUACCCCUAACCUUAUAACCUAACUGUGUUCAAUAUCUCAUCAUCUGCCUUCAGGGCCCUUCUUAUACCGGUGAUCUGGCCUUCAGGCCUCUUAUAACCAGGUGAGUCUGGCUCUCAGGGCCUCUUCUUAGUAACGGUGAGUCCUGGCCUCUCAGUGCCUCUCUUAGUAACAGGUGAGUCUGGCCUCUCAGGCAUCUCCUUAGUACCAGGUGAUCUGGCCUCUCAGGGCCUCUCUUAUAACAGGUGAGUCUGGCCUUUCAGGGCCUUCUUAGUAAGAGGUGAGUCUGGCCUCACAGGGCCUCUUCUUAGUAACAGGUGAGUUGGCCUCCAGGGCCUCUUCUUAGUAACGGUGAGCGGCCUCAAGGGCCUCUUCUUAGUAAAGGUGAUCUGGCCUUCAGGGCCUCUCCUUAGUAACAGGUGAGUCUGGCUCUCAGGCUCUCUAGUACCAGGUGAGUCUGGCCUUCAGGGCCUCCUUAGUAACAGGUAGUCUGGCCUCUCAGGCCUUCUUAGUAACAGGUGAGUCUGGCUCUCAGGGCCUCUAGUACCAGGUGAGUCUGGCCUCUCAGGCCUCUUCUUAGUACUCAGUGAGUCUGGCCUCUCAGGCCUUAGUAACAGUGAGUCUGGCCUCCAGGCCUCCUUAUAACAGGGAUUCUGGCCUUCAGGCCUUCUAUAUACAGGAUCUGUGCCUCUCAGGCCUACUUAGUACAGGUGAGUCUGGCCUCGCAGGGCCUCUCUUAGUAACAGGUGAGUCUGGCCUCUCAGGGCCUCUUUUAGUACCAGGUGAGUUGGCUUCAUGCUCUCUUAGAACAGUGACUGGCCUCUCAGGGCCUCUUCUUAGUACCAGGUGAGUCUGGCCUCUCAGGGCCUCUUCUUAGUACGAGGUGAGUCUGGCCUCCAGGGCUCUCUUAGUAACAGGUGAGUCUGGCCUCUCAGGGCCUCUUAGUAAACAGGGGAGUCUGGCCUUCAGCGGCCUCUUCUUGUACAGGUAGGCUGGGCCUUCAGGGCCUAUUGUACCAGGUGAGUCUGGCCUCUCAGGCCUCUUAGUAAAGGUGAUGGGUCUGGCCUCUCAGGGCCUCGUCUUAGUACCAGGUGAGUCUGGCCUCAGGGCCUCUUCUCGUACCAGGUGAGUAUGGCCUCUCAGGGCCUCUUCGUAACAGGUGAGUCCUGGCCUAGCAGGGCCUCUUCAUUAGUAACAGUGAGUCUGGCCUCACAGGGCCUCUUCUUAGUAACAGGUGGGGUCUGGCCUCUCAGGGCCUCUUCUUAGUAACAGGUGAGUCUGGCCUCUCAGGGCCUCUUCUUAGUAACAGGUGAGUCUGGCCUCGCAGGGCCUCUCUUAGUAACAGGUGAGUCUGGCCUCUCAGGGCCCUCUUCUUAGUACCAGGUGAGUCUGGCCUCUCAGGGCCUCUUAGUAACAGGUGAGUCUGGCCUCUCAGGGCCUCUUCUUAGUAACAGGUGAGUCUGGCCUCACAGGGCCUCUUCUUAGUAACAGGUGAGUCUGGCCUCUCAGGGCCUCUUCUUAGUAACAGGUGAGUCUGGCCUCUCAGGGCCUCUUCUUAGUAACAGGUGAGUCUGGCCUCGCAGGGCCUCUUCUUAGUAACAGGUGAGUCUGGCCUCUCAGGGCCUCUUCUUAGUACCAGGUGAGUCUGGCCUCUCAGGGCCUCUUAGUAACAGGUGAGUCUGGCCUCGCAGGGCCUCUUCUUAGUAACAGGUGAGUCUGGCCUCACAGGGCCUCUUCUUAGUAACAGGUGAGUCUGGCCUCUCAGGGCCUCUUCUUAGUACCAGGUGAGUCUGGCCUCUCAGGGCCUCUUCUUAGUAACAGGUGAGUCUGGCCUCUCAGGGCCUCUUCUUAGUACCAGGUGAGUCUGGCCUCUCAGGGCCUCUUCUUAGUACCAGGUGAGUCUGGCCUCUCAGGGCCUCUUAGUAACAGGUGAGUCUGGCCUCUCAGGGCCUCUUCUUAGUACCAGGUGAGUCUGGCCUCUCAGGGCCUCUUCUUAGUACCAGGUGAGUCUGGCCUCUCAGGGCCUCUUAGUAACAGGUGAGUCUGGCCUCUCAGGGCCUCUUCUUAGUACCAGGUGAGUCUGGCCUCUCAGGGCCUCUUAGUAACAGGUGAGUCUGGCCUCUCAGGGCCUCUUCUUAGUAACAGGUGAGUCAGUAGCUAGUUAGUUACUAGUUAGUUAGUUAGAUGAGUGAGUGAGUGAGUUAGAUGAGUUAGUUAGAUGAGUUAGUUAGAUUAGUUAGUUAGUUAGUUAGUUAGAUGAGUUAGUUUGUUAGUUAGGUGAGUUAGUUAGUUAGUUAGAUGAGUUAGUUAACCAGGCUGGUUAACACUGACCCUGACCUCUGUGAAGGGCACGACACAAACUACCCAGAGUUCAGCUGGGGACUGGUCCCGUCUCCAUGAUGAUGUGAUUGAAGUUGGGCUGAGAAACGGAUAAAAGAAAGCGCCUCGGGCCCCAGUCUCUUAUCUCAAAGAGCCCAGACAUCAAACCGUACGCCUGCUGCCUGAACAACAUGAAACAGAACCACAACGUCUUUGUCGACCGUCUUGCUCCAGAAUAUUAUGUUCUCAGGAGUUUGCUCUAGUUUAAAAGCUGUAAUUCUACAUUGGACAGGAUUUGAUGUUGUAGAGUUUUAUAUUAUGAAACCCUUUGUCUCCUCCUCCUCAUUAGCAUACAGAAUUAAACUUGAAACAAUCAGUAUUUUUAAAUAUCUUCUAACCUCAUCCAUCCGUCGUUCUCUUUCCUACCCCUGUCUUUUUCUCUCUCUCUCUCUCUCUGCCUCCCCUCUUCCCCCCCUCCCCCUUUCACCUCUCUGCCUCCCCUCCCCCAGGGUGAACACGUGUCCUAACAGCUGUUCUGGCCGAGGGGAGUGUCGCGUUGGGAACUCAACAGGUGCUGUGUAUUGUGACUGUGAUGCCAACUGGAAGGGCGAGGCCUGUGAUAUCCCAUACUGCCUGUCAGACUGUGGAUGGCCUGACGGGGGACACUGCUCUCAGGACACAAAGACAUGUCGAUGCCAGCCUGGGUGGCAAGGUGGGCACGGUCUCUAUCUUUAACUACGUGCGUGUGUGUGUGUGUGUGUGUGUGUGUGUGUGUGUGUGUGUGUGUGUGUGUGUGUGUGUGUGUGUGUGUGUGUGUGUGCGUGUGUGCGUGUGUGCGUGUGUGCGUGUCUGUGUCUGUGUCUGUGUCUGUGUCUGUGUCUGUGUCGUGUGUUGCGUGUGUGCGUGCGUGCGUGCGUGCGUGCGUGCGUGCGUGCGUGCGUGUGCGUGUGCGUGUGCGUGUGCGCGUCUGUGUCUGUGUCUGUGUCUCUGUGUGUGUGUGUGUGUGUGUGUGUGUUUCCCACACAGUAUUUGUUUGAGUUGCCUCCAUAUUGUUGUUGAAUGCCUUAUAAAAAGCCACCAUCACAGAAACACAUUAGCUAUGACCUUCAAGUCAAUGAUGUAAUCAUUUAACUUUUGAACUGUCAACAGUUUAAUUCCUACAUAAGGCCAAUACAAAUACCUGCUGUUCAUAUCCCUGGACUAAUACAUCACCUAUUAACUAGCUGUUAUUGUCCCUCAGUGAAAGGAAAGGGUGGGUGAUUCACAAAUGGCUCCCUUUGGGCCUUGGUCUAAAGUAGUGCACUAUAUAGGGAAUAGGGUGCCAUUCUCUGGUCUAAAGUAGUGCACUAUAUAGGGAAUAGGGUGCCAUUCUCUGGUCUAAAGUAGUGCACUAUAUAGGGAAUAGGGUGCCAUUCUCUGGUCUAAAGUAGUGCACUAUAUAGGGAAUAGGGUGCCAUUCUCUGGUCUAAAGUAGUGCACUAUAUAGGGAAUAGGGUGCCAUUCUCUGGUCUAAAGUAGUGCACUAUAUAGGGAAUAGGGUGCCAUUCUCUGGUCUAAAGUAGUGCACUAUAUAGGGAAUAGGGUGCCAUUUGGGGUAUGUUGUGUGAACAGAGAGAUGACGUAUAGCUAUAAUGCUAAGGAAUGUAGCCUGUAGCAACACCAAUGUUUCCUUUCUUUAAUCCUUUCAUGCUAGGCGCCUUUUCUGGUCCAAAGACUAACUGAUGAUGUCACCAGUCUUAUUCAUAUUUUCAAAUCAAAUCAAAUGUAUUGGUCACAUACACGUGUUUAUUUUAAUAUUUUUUAAAAAUAUUUUUAAUAUUUUAAUAUGCCAUUUAGCAGACGCUUUUAUCCAAAGCGACUUACAGUCAUGCGUGCAUACAUUUUUGUGUAUGGGUGGUCCCGGGGAUCGAACCCACUACCUUGGCGUUACAAGCGCCGUGCUCUACCAGCUGAGCUACAGAGGACCACGUUUAGCAGAUGUUAUAGCGGGUGUAGCGAAAUGCUUGUGCUUCUAGCUCCGACAGUGCAGUAAUAUCUAACAAUUUCACAACAUAUACCCAAUACACACAAAUAUAGUAAGGAAUGGAAUUUAAGAAUAUAUACAUAUAUGGACAAGCAAUGACAGAGUGGCAUGGACUAAGAUACAGUAGAAUAUUAUAGAACACAAUAUAGUAUAAACAGUCGUGGUCAAAAGUUUUGAGAAUGACACAAGUAUUGGUCUUCACAAAGUUUGCUGCUUCAGUGUUUUUAGUUAUUUUUGUCAGAUGUUACUAUGGUAUACUGAAGUAUAAUUACAAGCAUUCCAUAAGUGUCAAAGGCUUUUAUUGACAAUAACAUUACGUUUAUGCAAAGAGUCAAUAUUUGCAGUGUUGACCCUUCUUUUUCAAGACCUCUGCAAUCCGCCCUGGCAUGCUGUCAAUUAACUUCUGGGCCACAUCCUGACUGAUGGCAGCCCAUUCUUGCAUAAUCAAUGCUUGGAGUUUGUCAGAAUUUGUGGGUUUUUGUUUGUCCACCCUCCUCUUGAGGAUCGACCACAAGUUCUCAGUGGGAUUAAGGUCUGGGGAGUUUCCUGACCAUGGACCCAAAAUGUUGAUGCUUUGUUCCCCGAGCCACUUAGUUAUCACUUUUGCCUUAUGGCAAGGUGCUCCAUCAUGCUGGAAAAGGCAUUGUUCGUCACCAAACUGUUCUUAGAUGGUUGGGAGAAGUUGUUCUCGGAGGAUGUGUUGGUACCAUUCUUUAUUCAUGGCUGUGUUCUUAGGCUAAAUUGUGAGUGAGCCCACUCCCUUGGCUGAGAAGCAACCCCACACAUGAAUGGUCUCAGGAUGCUUUACUGUUGGCAUGACACAGGACUGAUGGUAGCGCUCACCUUGUCUUCUCCGGACAAGCUUUUUUCCGGAUGCCCCAAACAAUCGGAAAGGGGAUUCAUCAGAGAAAAUGACUUUACCCCAGUCCUCAGCAGUCCAAUCCCUGUACCUUUUGCAGAAUAUCAGUCUGUCCCUGAUGUUUUUCCUGGAGAGAAGUGGCUUCCUCGCUGCCCUUCUUGACACCAGGCCAUCCUCCAAAAGUCUUUGCCUCACUGUGCGUGCAGAUGCACUCACACCUGCCUGCUGCCAUUCCUGAGCAAGCUCUGCACUGGGGGUGCCCCGAUCCCGCAGCUGAAUCAACUUUAGGAGACGGUCCUGGUGCUUGCUGGACUUUCUUGGGCACCCUGAAGCCUUCUUCACAACAAUUGAACCUCUCUCCUUGAAGUUCUUGAUGAUCCGAUACAGUGGGGGAAAAAAGUAUUUAGUCAGCCACCAAUUGUGCAAGUUCUCCCACUUAAAAAGAUGAGAGAGGCCUGUAAUUUUCAUCAUAGGUACACGUCAACUAUGACAGACAGAUUGAUAAAAAAAAUAUCCAGAAAAUCACAUUGUAGGAUUUUUUAUGAAUUUAUUUGCAAAUUAUGGUGGAAAAUAAGUAUUUGGUCACCUACAAACAAGCAAGAUUAUCUGGCUCUCACAGACCUGUAACUUCUUCUUUAAGAGGCUCCUCUGUCCUCCACUCGUUACCUGUAUUAAUGGCACCUGUUUGAACUUGUUAUCAGUAUAAAAGACACCUGUCCACAACCUCAAACAGUCACACUCCAAACUCCACUAUGGCCAAGACCAAAGAGCUGUCAAAGGACACCAGAAACAAAAUUGUAGACCUGCACCAGGCUGGGAAGACUGAAUCUGCAAUAGGUAAGCAGCUUGGUUUGAAUAAAUCAACUGUGGGAGCAAUUAUUAGGAAAUGGAAGACGUACAAGACCACUGAUAAUCUCCCUCGAUCUGGGGCUCCACGCAAGAUCUCACCCCGUGGGGUCAAAAUGAUCACAAGAACGGUGAGCAAAAAUCCCAGAACCACACGGGGGGACCUAGUGAAUGACCUGCAGAGAGCUGGGACCAAAGUAACAAAGCCUACCAUCAGUAACACUACGCUGCCAGGGACUCAAAUCCUGCAGUGCCAGACGUGUCCCCCUGCUUAAGCCAGUACAUGUCCAGGCCCGUCUGAAGUUUGCUAGAGUGCAUUUGGAUGAUCCAGAAGAGGAUUGGGAGAAUGUCAUAUGGUCAGAUGAAACCAAAAUAGAACUUUUUGGUAAAAACUCAACUCGUCGUGUUUGGAGGACAAAGAAUGCUGAGUUGCAUCCAAAGAACACCAUACCUACUGUGAAGCAUGGGGGUGGAAACAUCAUGCUUUGGGGCUGUUUUUCUGCAAAGGGACCAGGACGACUGAUCCGUGUAAAGGAAAGAAUGAAUGGGGCCAUGUAUCGUGAGAUUUUGAGUGAAAACCUCCUUCCAUCAGCAAGGGCAUUGAAGAUGAAACGUGGCUGGGUCUUUCAGCAUGACAAUGAUCCCAAACACACCGCCCGGACAACGAAGGAGUGGCUUCGUAAGAAGCAUUUCAAGGUCCUGGAGUGGCCUAGCCAGUCUCCAGAUCUCAACCCAUAGAAAAUCUUUGGAGGGAGUUGAAAGUCUGUGUUACCCAGCGACAGCCCCAAAACAUCACUGCUCUAGAGGAGAUCUGCAUGGAGGAAUGGGCCAAAAUACCAGCAACAGUGUGUGAAAACCUCAACCAAAAGUUGCCAUAUUCCUAGUCAAUGUUAUCUUUCAUACUCUGCUUCGUUAUCCCUAGUGUUUGUUUAAUAUAACUUUUAUUCUCUGAGUUCCCUCGCUUCACUUCCCAUGAAGAUAAGACAUUCGUUUCUCUAUGCGUCGUAAACUACAUCCUAUGUCCCCUGUUAUCAACUAAGAUCAUAGCCACAGCUCUUCUGAAACCACCAAUCCGCCAUUAUUAGAAUACUGCAGCUCCGCAAUGAUAGUUAGUUUAAUGGAAACCCUAAAUCGGCUUCGUACUAUAUUAUAAAUUACGUCUGUGAAUUCCAACCUAAUGGGCAGUUAAUUUCUUAAAUCUUAUCUCUAUCAAAGGAUCUAACAACAGUGCAAACUUAGAAAACCCAUAUUAAUGACUUCCCCACCCAUGAUCCAUACGUUUGGGUGAGCAAGUUAAUACAUAUAUAUAUAUGUAUAUAUAACGUUAGAAACUUCUAGGCGCUCACAUCAAAUAAUACUUUAAUGCUUUUUAACCAGAAAAUGGACUUCCCCUACUCUCUAAAACAGUCUCCAUUCCACUCCUUGAUAUUCUAUGACUUAAUUAUGUUAUAUAUCGUAACAUCUUAUCCUAACUUAUAACAAAUUAUCAAAUCCAUUUCAGAUUAAAAGUCCUUUCCGCUCUUUGUUCAUAAAAUAGCCCAUGUUGUCCCAUUCAAUUACUUAACUUCGUUAGCUGAAUUUUUCUCCUUAUUACUUAUGUUUCCUUGCCAUCGUGCGCUCAUUAAAGCUUUAUACGCCUCUUUCAUAUAAUGUAAAUCCCAUUUCUUGUUGCUUACGACGAUAUUGUCAAUUAUAUAUUUUCGCGUAUAUAUGUCAUUUAUCCCUUAAAAAAUUAAAACUUGCUCAUUAUCAUGCGGAUAAAUCACCAAGAUAUAUGGUCCCACAUUGAAAAAUCCUAAUUCACUUAAUUUACAAGAGACUUAUUCUAAAUGCAGAUUUGCCUGUAAUAAUUUUGUCAUUUCCUGUUUCUCUCUUCGAGUUAAAUGAAGCUCUGCUUUACUCUUAAUGGUGACUGUUUUUCCAGAUACCGGUCUACUAAGCUGGUCAUUCAUUACUGCUAUUAGUUCAUGCAAUAUUAGUAAUUAAAUACUUAAAUCAAAUCCCCAUUCUGUAUUUAAAUGUCGUUUGCCUAUUUUGACUUUUUGGUGCUAUGAUUCAAUAUGUUGCAUUGCAUCUUCUCCAUCUCCUGGCCGUUUUGAGUAAUUCACUAGUUACUAAUUUUCUCUUCACAUCAGUACUCUACCUGUCAGAGGUUGAGUCUCCUUCAUUUUGUACACGUCAAAGGGCCUCGAACCCAGUCAUUUUAUAAUGCUUAUGACUUGAACAUCAUGAUAAAGGGCUCUGACCUUUAUCCCUAAGCCAGCUGAGGACUUGAACCUCACAACUUUUCACAUUAAUGUCUUCUUUCUACCAAGGACUCAAACCUUCAAACAAAAUACUAAUUUCUCUUAGUUCUUUUACAACAUGGUUGAGGCCUUGAACCUCUUCAAAUGUAAAUCAAUUAUAAUUCCUUGAGGACUUGAACCUCUGAAAAAUAUAUCUCUCUUACUUAUAUCUCUCUGAUUUAGGCCUCAAACCUACACCAAAAUACAUUUUAUAGGGCCUUUAUAACCUUUUACCAAGACUUGAACCUAUGACCAAUGUUUAUUCUAUUUUAUAAUGUCGUACACUCCAUAAUCUCGUCAUGUUGAGGACUCGAACCUCUGACCUAUGUUAUAUAAUGUCGUACACAUUAAAAGGCCCUACGCCCAAUCUUGUUACACCCAUUCUCCUUCUCCUCUGUUGUUUUUAGUCAUUACUCUGACCAAACCCUUCAUAGAAUCAUAGCACCCCCUGUUAUUGUCUAAUUUGAUAAUUCUCCUCACAUCUCACUAAAUAACUCAAUACCACUCAUCGUCCCCCUCCAAAAUAUUGAAUUUUAAAAGUUCGUUACAGCUCAGCUUCACCACAGAUAAGCAGAAUUUGACAUAAUCAAAAAAAAUGAAAGUCUGCUUACCUGUUAGUUCGGCUGUGAACUGCAUCCUGUUCGUUUAGACGCCAAUCUGUUAUGAUGAGUUUCUCGGGUGUCAAGUAAUUCAUGAUGCAAGAAGAUAUUUAACACUUAUCUGGGGAGUUCAUAUAAAUAUUUAAUAGGUACCAUGGUUCGCAUAACAAAAGACAGUGCUUUGCCUCUAGCUAUUCCAAACUACUGAACAAAGAACAUAUCUCAGUUUAUAUAGCUUCAGUUACACGUUUCAUCUGUUAACCAUCAGUGGGUACUCCCUUCUCUGAUGUUAUUCCCUUUUCCCCCCAAGUCAGUAUAUCAUAUCCAUCAAUCAUUCUACCAUAAACAUCAGUAAUCUCCCUUGACAUAAUGGAAUGCAGACUCUGUGGCACCAAGCCACUUCUCUACUAACUUUAACCUGGUUCACACAACACUAUGACGCUAUGAAAUGACAUCAUCACAGUGUUCCUGUAGCAGCCGUGUUAUUUGUGUCAUUAACCUGCCAGGCUUCCAUGGCUCCUGUCUGUUAAUUACCAUAAUUUCAAAGACGCACUAAUAAAAUCAAGCCAUCUGGUGUUCUGAACGCGCUCUUAACAGCCAGAGAAGGUGACUAAAUCUAACGUUGGGUAACCGGUCUCUCUAUUGCAGCUCUGUGUUCAUCCCAACAGACUGCUUCAGUCUUAGCCCUCAUUACACUGUCACGGUGCUCUAACUGGACAAUACUGUGGAGAUAUUAUAAUCAGCUGUAGGCCUAUUGAUGCUGUAAGACUCCAAAUGGACUAAUUAUCUAAAGGGCCAUGAGACUGGGUUUCAGCAGUACAUUACUAUACUAGCUGUCAGUCUGGUGUUUCAUUAUGAAUAUGUGACCCACCACCUGGAUUCGGUCCUUUGUAGCAACAUUUGAAAUUGUGUUUGUUUUUUUACAUUGAGACUCAGAGCUAGAAAAUUGUAUAUCAUACACUACAGUUACCCCACUUUUGAUAAAAAUGGUCCUUGAAUGUUUUGGUACACCUACUGGAGAGCUCUUCUUUGUCUACAGAGUAAGUGGUGUAGUAAACAACCAAAGAUUUCAAGACCAAAAGUGGUAAAAGUAGAAAGCCUACAAAAAGGUAAACUCCAGGUAAAAAUACACUAUCUAGUCCUUGGCCAAUAUCCUAAUCCGACUUUGGUGCAGGUCAUGUUGUUCACAUUGCUGUCUUUGUUAACCACAAUAUCAAAUGAAAUCUAUGUUUUAUUUGGCACAUGCACAGGAUACAGAAGGUGUAAACAGUACAGUGAAAUGGUUACUUGCAUAGUAGCAAUAUCAAAAACAGAAUGUGUCCAGAUAAAAAUAUUUCAUAAAUAUUUGUAUCAUUAUUAGAUGACGUUUACCCGACACAGUAAAUUGAUGGGUCAUGUGAAAGAAAUGUUAUAACCAACCCCCAGCCACAUCUAGCUAAGUGGAUGGGUCACUAUUGUCUAGACAUGUACACAUGUUCAUGAAAUACAAUAGAUGGCUGUAAUCACCCCCAGCCACACCUGGCUAACUUGACGGGUCAUGUAAUCAUCUGGCGAAGUGGAGUCUUUUUUAGCUAACUAAACAAUGAACCGGCUUAAUCCCAACUCAUACUACUACCAAUACAAACAUUGUCAUAGCUGUAGUAUGAAUCUGCAGGUAGCUAAAGCUAACAAACUAGGUUCAAUGUUAGCUAGCUAACAUUAGGCUAUAACUAGCAAUACAAAAGGAUUUCUGAUUCGAAUAAUAUUACUACACAGAUCAUACACAACGUUAGCUGGCGAGCCAACAAAAUAAUGUUCGCUAGCUAGCUAACUUGCAAUGAAAACGACUUUUAUGACAAAAUUAGAUACAUAUAAUAUCUGAAAAUGUAGCUAGACUUACCCGUAUACAUGGAUGAACGCUUCACGGCAGACUGGAACCAUUUAACUCUGUUUUGUUUGUAGCUACAUCUUUUUUGGCCAGCGUUGUGUCAAGUCACUCCGGUUCACAAUGACCGUGGCUUGUGCAGAAAGUAGCCCAUCACUUUUUCCAACUGAUCUGUCGAUAGUGCCUGCUAAAUUUGUAGUUCUCGAUUGCUAACAUAUCUUUCAAAAACGCUGCAGUAGAAAGGACUAUCAACAUAUACUGAGCAGCUCAUGUUAUAGACAGAAGCAUGCUACAUGGCAGACCAAUCCAAACUCAUCUCCCGGGAUGUCCCGCCCAUUGAUUAUCUCAGCCAAUCAUGGCUAGCUGGAAGGUUCCUGUCUUUUUCUGUGGCUAAACCAACUAGGCUCAUAAUUUAACCAUUUUAUUCGUAUUUACAGAUGGACGUUUGUUAUUAAGGCACAUGAAAGUUCACAUGUUCCAGAAGGCAUUUCUGCCCCAGAAAACGCAUUUUGAUCAUAAAAAACCCAAAAAGAAAACAAAUCAAAUGCCUCUCCUGUGAUGUAGUGACGUGCUUCCUGAAACGGGUCACAUAUUAAGAUGAGGUUAAAUUCACUGAGUUUUUAGACUUACCUUAGAUGAUACUCCGGGCAAUAGAUGGUGUUUCUGCAAAAUGUCUGAAAUAAAAGACAUAUGGACACAAAGACAUCAAAUUAUCAUAGUAAAAGUGGACAAAAAUAACUUUAUUUCCUGUGAAGUUUGUGAAGCCCAAUAAGGGAGUCAGGCUCUAACAUGUACGUCUUCUUUCCCCCAUCAGGUCCAGACUGCUCUGUGUCCGUCCCGGCCAACUCUUCGUUCUGGCAGCGGGAAGAGUACCCCGAGCCAGGGCUGGCCAGGGCUUCCCACAAGGCCGUAGUGGAUCAGGGGGUCAUGUGGGUCAUCGGGGGUUAUGUUUUCAACUCCUCAGACUACCAGAUGGUCAAAGCG